ACGCUUCCUUUCCUCAAGGGCGCCCCCGCAGUAUCACUAAUCGUCUAAUGGCGCGAUUUUCGGUCCUUGGUCAAGGAUAUUACUUCUAGCUGUCCGUGGUUUGCUGUGCCUUUCAGAUAUUGCAGACAUGAGUGAAAAUAAGAUAAAUGUUCUUAAACGGAAAACAACGAUGAUCAGAAUAGAACGUCAUCACAACUGCAGAAAAAAACAUUUAUCAGUGGCUGCUGUUGUUCAGAUUCUUAAUUCAUAUCAUAAAAUGUUGGAGAGAGCUCAAUCAAAGCAGAAUUUGAUUGCUCAGUGGGGACCACCAGUGAAAGUAUCAAAGGAUCUGGAGCAAAAAGAUGGAACUCUUUUUGUAAAAGAUAUGAGAAGGGAGCUAGGCCUAUUGCAGAGAAUUUUAAGUGUAAACAUGGGCAAUGUGUUAAAAAAGAGUACAGAAGUUGGAAGGGCUGACAAUAAUGAAAAUACUGAGAAUGAAUACAAAGAAAGUUGCUACCAGACAAGAUCUUCUAGAAACAAGGACAAUAAAACAUAUGAUGGCAGUCUUUUUGAUGAUUCAGAAUCUAGUAAUGAUGAUGAUGGUGAUGCUGAUUAUCAGGUCAAAUCAAAGAAAAAGUCAUUUAAAGGCUGGUUGGGAAGAAAAUUUACACAUGGAAAGGAUGAGGUUCUAACAAAAAAAGCAAAUGAUGAUGGUUUGUCAAAGAGGGAAAAUAAGCAAUUUAUCAAAAUAGAUGAUGAUGAAGAAGAAGUAACCAAUCGUCUAGAAGUAAACACACCAGAAUUUGGUGCCAACGCAGAAGAAAACGAACCACAAGAUACCACGAUAGAGAAAGAGAAUAGAGAAAAAUCAGCUGCGUCAAAAUUCACAAAUUAUCUGAAAAGCUUUAAAAUUUCUAUGAUUAAAAGAAAACAUAAAAGAGAUAAUGAAAGCGAAGCGACGAUGGCUGAGUGUCCUGGUAAACCAGAGGAGGCCAAUACUGAAAAGGGAGAAGAUGAAGGGCUGCCGGCUGCUCCAACAAGAAAAAAAAGAAAGAGAGAGCAAAAAUUGGUGAGCUGUCCUAUGUGUGAUGGAAUGUUUGUGGAGAGUGAGAUAAACGAUCAUGCAUUUACUUGCAAUGGGGAACCUCCAGAAGCAGCCAGAUCAACUGUUCCACGUGAUCCACUGUUGGAACAAAGUCUCGACUACAUUCCACUGCAACCGGAAGAGCGGCCAGAUUCCGGAAAUUCACGCAAACCAAUCGAAAACAGUGAUGGAUUUAGUGAAUGGAAAAAUGCUUGCAAGAGGGUUGUUGUCAGCGAAACUGGACGCCAUGUUGAAUCGUUUGAAAUCAAUCAUGAAAAGUUAUUCGAGUCGAUAGCACAAGAAUCUGAGCAAAUAGAAAAGGAUGACAUACAAGCUUUUGAGACAAAGAAAAAGCCAAGGAGACAGAUGAAGCUACAGAAGCCUGCAAGCCACAAUGAUGUACAAUAUGAAUCUCGUGCUGAUCGAAUGAAGCAAAGAAAUGUGGAUUCUAAUUGGAUGUCUGACGACUCUGAGGAUUCCGGUGACAAAAGCGAAUUGUUGAACCAGUACUUGGGUGUAAAAAAGACGGACAAGUCAAGGAACGGAGGCAGGGGUCCAAGAGGGGCUAAAAGGAGACGCGCAAAGCCACGCCUUGAUGAGGAAGAUAGUCUCGAUGAAAGUGAAAACUGCGAAAAAUGUUUUCUUUGCUCGACUAUUGUCGUAAAAGCAAAGUAUCCAAGCCAUGUAAUGAAGUGCAUUGCUGCGGCUGAAAGGGGGGAAAAUGUCGCAAGAAAAGCAGGGGCACCUUCAGAUAAUGCGACAGGCCAUUCUCAAGAACCACAGAAUGACGAAAUGAAUGGUGGGAAAAAUAGGCUGAAGCGGCAAUUAGGUAAUCGAACAUCUUGGGCACAGUAUGACAAAGUAGAUCGGGGAGAAAGCAACCAACAAGAUUUUGUUGACAUCGAGGAAGAUAAUGAAAAACAUGAAAAUGAAGACGACUCUCCUAUCAAAUCUUUCAAGCCAGUUGGGGAGACCAGUUUGUUCAACUUUGAUAACCAGUUUAAGAACAACAUGCCAAAAAGAAGAGUGAAAUUGUCAAGAAAUGUCGCUUUGAAGAACGGAAACCGAUAACUUGCGAUCGUUGAUUUUUGAAGCUUGGACAUCAAUAACUAAUAAAUAUUCCCUUUAUUUACGAACAGUACUUUAGUAGUUCAUUUGUCUAUUAUCUGAUCUACCAUAAGACCAAGAAAUCGAAGUUCCUAGAGAUUUUGCUUGCCGAGAGGCCGAUAAAUCUUACCUUUCUAUGACUGGAUAUCAUGGCGGUGUCUGCAAUGGGAGGGUAAGAGGCGUGACCCAUGAGGCCACGCCCCAUUUCUCCUCAUUUUAUUGCAUUAUACCCGGCAUGGUCUCCUUACGCAAAUUUUAAAAAUUGAGAUAUGAAUUUACCCAUCGAUCAAAUUUUAAAAAAGUCUUAUGGAAAGUUUUCCUUAUUUCCUAGUAGCAUUCAUAUUGCCCUAUUGACCAUGUUGUGGAUGGCAUAUUGUUUCAGAUUAUUUUGUAUGGAAUGUAACGUUCCUAUAUAAAGACGAAAGCCGCAUAUAUGAACCUACUUUUUUAAAACCAGCCCUUUUUCGUUCUUGCAUUAAAAAUAAACAUUUGUGAAAUAAUGAUGAGGGGUUAUACUCGGCCCGAAUACUCGGCCCGAAAAAAUUAGUGGAUACAACAUGCACCUAGCAGCAUACCCUUCCCUCUAUAACGCGUAUAAAUGCUUGAUGACACUUAGCUGCACCCAAGUUUCCUUUGAAAGAUUAUUCAGCGCUACUGAUAAUUUCAAAAGAAGAUAGAACUUUCCACUUGAUUACGAGCAAGUCAUUGGCCAGUUUGCUGAUCCAUUUGCACUUCUUCGAAAAGAGUUGAAACUCUGAAAAUUUAAAUAAGUUUUGAUUUUGAUUCUCAACUCUACAUGGGAUUUUAAAGCCUGUUUUCACGAGAGGAAACGUAUGGAUCCAAUUGGGUCCUAAUUUACGAAUUAAAGUCAAUAUACAGCUGCUGUUUAGCGUAUUGCUUUAUUAUCAAUUUUUAUUGAAUCAAUCGUAUUCUAAGCCACAUUUUUAGUGGGUGUGACUCAAUUUUUCCCGCCGCUCCCUAAACCGGGUCCUUGAGUUUUCUAGCCACCCUGCGAUUUUGACGCCAGACCGCCCCUGAGUGUGGUUUUGAAAUAGUUUAAAAAUAUCAAUGAUUAUAUAAAAUCAACAAUUGGUUACCAUAUUUAGAUUCUGUUAUUAAUAUCCAAGCAUUGAA